AGGAAGGAGAACGUUCAAGUGUCGCUGGUUCCCAUUUAUUUAUUGUGUUGUCUUUCCUGCAAACCGACUGAUAUGGCUCAGCACGAUAUUCGACGAGCGAUGAGAUCUGACUUUGAUGCCAUUAUGGGGAUCGGAGAGGUGAACAACGGCAGGGACUAUCUCCGUUACAGUUAUGAGAGCUUUAUAGACGACCCCAACAACAGGUCAUACGUCUACAUGGUCGGCGGUGAUGUGAUUGGCUUCUCUGCAACCUUUCUCAUUGAUGGAGGACUGAGUUUGCUGUCUCGUGGCGGUAGGGUGAAGGCCUCUGUCCAAGGUCAAGGCAUAUUUCGAACAUUGAAGAAAUAUGUACGUCAGCAGUAUCAAAGUAUAGAAUCCGUCAAAUACGAAGUUCUGACUACAAACAACGUUAACGUUAGUGCAAGACCAAGUCUAAGAGAAUCUUUUUCUGAGCUGUCUUACAAGCACGAUAUUCGACGAGCGACCAGAUCUGACUUUAAUGCCGUCAUGGGGAUCGGAGAGGUGUACAACGGCAAGGACUACCUCCGUUACCGCUAUAACAGGUUUUUAGACGACCCCAACAACAGGUCAUACGUCUACAUGGUCGGCCGUGAUGUGAUUGGCUUCUCUGCAACCUUUCUCAUUGAUGGAGGACUGAGUUUGCUGUCUCGUGGCGGUAGGGUGAAGGCCUCUUUCCGAGAAUCUGAUCUACUACACGAGCAGCCUGUCUGAGGUGGCAAGGUUACCGAAACCGACAUCGUUUCCGAUAAUAAAGGAAAUGACAAAAUAUGACAUGGCAACACUAUUCUCCUCCCAACUGUCAUGCAGUAAAUUGUUUCCCGAUGGAAAAGUCACGGUAGAUUUGGUGCCACUUCGACCGAUGACCUCAAACACGAAGUACAUAUUUCAGGAAGACUCUCUGAUUCUUGCGUCUACCAAUGGCGAAAAUGGUGAUGUGUCCUUGUUGACCAUUGGAAUUCCCAAAACAGUAGAUGCAGGUCGCAUGUACCAUAUUGACAUAUUUGGCAGUGACGUCACAUCAUUACGUUAUCAUGUCUUAAGUCAUCUUCAUCACACGAUGACGUUCAGCCAAGAUGACGUUCUUGUAAGCUUGGCAUCCGAGGAAAAAACGACCUCCUUAUGUCGGGAUAUUAUGAAAACUCUUUGUAUUCAUGAAUACCAGUGCAGUAGUAAGAAAAUGUAUGUUUUUGAAAGAGACUUUGUUCAUGUUAAAUAAAGUAGCAUACACUGAUUUCACUUGUACAUCUGAGGAGAAAACGACACCCUUUAGUCAGGAUAUUAUGAAAACUCUUAGUAUUCAUGGACAAAAUGCAGUAGUAGGACCAUGUUUAUUUUAGAAAAAAACAGAAUACACUGAUUUCAUCUAUUUGCUCUAAACGGAUAUGAAUUACGAUUUGGAAAAGGGAUCAAUGGCUCAGUAAAGAAAGUGUGGAACUCGAUGCCUGGAAAUAUUCUUGACUAGUGUGUGUGAAACCUUUUUGAUUUUUUUGUGUGAAAUUGAUCUUGUGAAGUUUUGCCAGAACUUCUUUUCGCGUUUCCCCGAACGCCCCAUGGGUGUUUCCGAUCAACUCGUUUUUCUAUUUUCUUUUUAAUCCCUGCAUUUAUUAGCAUGAAAAUCAAUUAAGUAUUUUUUGCCUGGUCUUGUAACAUUUUAUCUGACUUAAAAUUAAAUAAAUGCUUUGG